AUGCAAUUCCCUCUCCAAACGGAAGCCCUCGUGGUCGACACAGUCGGAGGCGGCUUUGUGAUGACCCCGAUUACCAUACACGACUUAAGGUCGGACGAGAUACUCGUCGAGAUGAAGUACUCGGGCAUCUGCCAUACCGACUUCUACCUCCAACAGGGCGGUUUCGGUCCUCUUACGCAGUUUCCGGCCAUUGCCGGGCACGAAGGAGCAGGGAUUAUACGGGGCAUCGGCUCGAACGUCAAGAAUAAGUCACUCCAAGUCGGGGACUCUGUAUUGCUUUCCUUUGCCGCUUGUGGAGAGUGCUCCCAUUGCCAAGAGGACCAGUUCAGCCGAUGCACCCAGUUCAUACCGCUCAACCUGACCGGUAUUAUACGCUCUGAUGGGAGUACCCCUGCCAAACUCUCUGACGGCCGGGCCGUCCGAAGCCAGUUCUUUGGGCAGUCGUCAUUUUCCCGAUUCUCGGCGGUGCAUGAGAACUGCCUGGUCAAAUGCCUGUACCCCCAGGACAUGGCGAUCUACUCCCCGAUGGGGUGCGGGUACCAGACCGGAGCGGGAACCAUUCUCAACAUCUUCAAGCCCAAGCCGGGCCAAACCGUGGCUGUGUUCGGCGCGGGCAGCGUCGGAUUUGCGGCGAUCAUGGCUGCCGCAACCAUUCCGGUCAAGCAAAUCAUCGCCAUAGACAUCGUGGAGAGAAAGCUGGCGCUGGCAAAAGAGAUAGGUGCCACACAUACCAUAAACUCCUCAACUGUUCAAGGCAGCGUCGUGGACGAACUGAAGAAGCUUACUGGAGGACAGGGGGUGGACUUCGCCGUCGACACCACUGGCGUGUCUUCGGUUGUCGAGAAGAUGCUUGACUGCCUGGCCUACAGCGGAACCGCGGCAUCAGUUGGGGCGCCACCAAGAGAAGAGAAAAUUACGGUGGACGUUGGCCUUUUCUUUGGGCUCAAAAAGACGUGGAUCAGCGUUUCCGAAGGGGACUCGCAUCCCCCCGAGUUCGUCCCCAAGCUCAUCGACCUCCACAGGCAGGGGAAGUUUCCGAUCGAGAAGAUAAGUAAAGUUUAUCCUGUUGCCGAUUUUGAGAAGGCCGUUUCCGACAUGAAAGAUGGAACCGUCAUCAAACCGAUCAUUAAAUUUUGA